UCCAGCCUCCAACGCGCCGCUUGCUUCCUCCUAUUUCUUUUUUUAUUUCACGGCAGACACGGCAGACUCGGACGUAGUACCGAAAUACUACAAGCAUCUGCUCUCCAGACCACCGUCCCCUACCCAGGGCUGGAGCCUGGCAGUAUUCCUCUCCCGUCCGACCUUGCGGCACGAAGUGACGUGAAUACUCGAGCGGCAGCAGCUCAACGCCGUUCUGACGCUAGAACCGUCCGCUGCAUUUACGAACGCGGCGCCUUACUGGUUGCAUCCCCUCACCGCCUCUCCUCCAAUGGAGGCGUCGUGCCUAGCGAACAGGGGUUGCGUCGCGUUAACGUACGAACCCUAUCGUCGUGUAGACGGAUCGCCACCCUACCUUUCCCGUUCCCUACGAGGAGGCUGCAAACCCCUCUGCGUUCUCCGUGCCGCGCGCCACGAUGGUGGAAAGCGCGCGACGCCCCCAACCCGCGACACCCCCGCGGCGGGCGCGGCAGGGCGGCACUCCGCAAAGCAGCCUUCCGCGCCCGCGAAGAUCUCCUGGGGAAGACCGAGACCCGGCGGAGCUGGCGGAACAAGGCGGCGCAGCAGCAGCAGCGCCAGUGGUGGCGGAAGCCGGGCGGCUAGUCCGAGCCGCAGCAAGGUGGACAUUCCCGAGGGGGGCGUAUUCAGCGUUGACGACGAGGACGACGAGGACAGCGUCUUUCACGCCGUCGUCAUCCCCCGCCCGCGCGCUACGCUCGACACUCUCCAUCUCGCCGCCUCUACCGCCGCAACUACCGCUGGUGCCAGCGCCGCCGUCCCUUCCCCCGCAUCCCCUUCGUUGGCGCAACCGCCAGGUCUCGACUCCUCGGCGCGUGCUCCCCCUCCCCCGCCGCCGCCGCCGCCGCCGCCGCCGCCGCCGCCGCCGCCGCCGCCGCCGCCGCCGUCAGCUACGUCAGCCACGACUGUCGCUGCAGGUCAUUCCCGAGGCACUGUGAGUAAGAAGAAGAGCCGCCUGGCGAAAGGCAAGGGUUCCGCUGCCGGAGGCGGCGGGGGCGGCGGGGGGUGCGGAGGCGGCUUUAGCGAUCGGCCGGUGAUUGAGGAGAUUAAGAAGGUAGUGUCAGGCGACGAGCCGCACUACCGCCAUAGCCCGCAGGAGUACGAGAUCUGGCAUAUCGACGAUGACGGGAAUAAGGUGAACGGGCGGGGCGUGGCGGACGGCGGGCAGGCUGUUAACGGGCAGACUAGAAGGUCGACGCCGUUUGUUGAUCAGGUGGUUCCCGGGCAGGUGAACGGGCAGGUGGUUAAUGGUCGCCGGCUCAGCGAUGCUGUUCCGGGCUCGGCGGGGGCAGCCGGCAGCAGCAGCAGCAGCAGCAGCUCGGGUGGCGCCGCGACUGCUGCCUCAGAGGACAACGACGCGACUAUCGGCAGCCGCAGCAGCAGCAGCAGCGGCGCGAGAGGUAGCAGUGUGAAUGCCACCAGCAGCACCAGCAGCACCAGCAGCACCAGCACCAGCACCACCACUAGCACGAGAAGCAGCGGUCGCGACGGCGCGGACGAGCGUGGUGGCGGUGGUGGUGGCGGGUCGGCAGCGUUGGGGCGGACGUGGUGGGAGACGGCGUCGGCUGCGGCGACACGACCCGCGCUGCAGCAGGAGCUGAUGACGCUCGCCAAGGAACCUGUGUACCAGGUGUUGGAGGUGAACGGGCGUGGUGAUGUGUGGCAGAGGGAAGUCAGCCGGCGACAGCUGCUCAAGCUGAGCGGUCUGACCCAGCGUGAUGUGCGGCGCAUCGACCCCUCGCUGUGGGUCACCAACUCCAUGCCUGCCAUUCUCGUGCGGGACAGCGCCAUUCUGCUCAACCUGGGGUCGCUGCGGGCCAUCUCCACUGCGGAGACUGUGCUCAUAUUCGACUACAACAGUGUGGGGGCGCAGUCGUUCGUGGAGGUGCUGCUGGAGCGCCUGCGCCUCGAUGCCGACGUCUCCAUUAGUGGCGGCCCUGCCGUGCCAUUCGAACUCGAGGUAGUGGAGUCCGCCCUCAUCUCGCGCACGCAGCGCCUAGAAAGCGCCCUGAUGGACAUCGAGCCCCGGGUUCUCUCCCUCCUCGAGGUCCUUCCCAUCCGCCUGACCGCCGACAACUUAGAGGAGCUGCGGUUGAGCAAGCAGGCGCUAGUGGAGCUGGGGUCGAAGGCGGGCGCCCUGAGGCAGAUGCUGCUGGAGCUGUUGGAGCACACCAAUGAGCUGAGGCGCAUCACGGCUAUCGACAGGCAAUGCCGGGUGAACAAGGACGGGGCGUUCGAGUGCCUCACUGCUGCUGACACUCUGCUUGCUGAAGAGGAGGAGCAGGAGAUCGAGAUGGUGUUUGAGUACUACCUACAGCGGUGCGAGUCGUGCCACGGGCAGUCGGAGAAGCUGCUCGACUCCGCCAAGGAGAUGGAGGACUCCAUCGCCGUCAACCUCAGUUCGCGGCGUCUGGAGGUGGGGCGCUUGGAGCUGCUGCUGCAGGUUGGCACCUUCGCUGCGGCGCUGGGGGCGUUGAUAGCAGGCAUCUUUGGCAUGAACCUGCGCAAUCGCCUGGAGGAGAGUGCGCUUGCCUUCUGGACGGCAACAUUCGGCAUAGUCUUCGGGGGAGUGCUGCUGUUCCUCGCCAUGCUCGCAUACCUCAAGCACCGCCGCAUCCUCUGAUCAUCACCCGCCUGCCCUCCACCCUCCUCUACUGCACCCCAUGCUUCACUCUGCACAAGCCUGCCAGGCUAAUGCCCGGCCUAUUGCCCAGCUUGUUGCCUGGCUUGUUGCCUGGCUUGUUGCCUGGCUUGUUGCCUGGCUUAUUGCUCGGCUUUGCCUUGCGGCAGCACUCCUGUCCCGUCCCGCUUGUCAAGGCAUGAGUGUGCUCGCUUGGGCUGGCCUUGCUGCUAGUGCGUCUCUCUGCUCUGCUCUGCUCUGCUCUGCACCCUGCCCACCCUGUCCAUGCCUCGACCUGUCACUGCUGCGAGUAGUAAUCAGGUGAUAGUGAUCAGAUGGCGCUCCCCUGCCCCACCACCACCAUCUCCAUCACCUGUGCUGUGUGCCACAACAUGUUUUCAAGACAGUACCAUGCUUGCUUGUUGUCUAGGUGGCUUGCUUUCUGUGUGCGAGUGCUCUUGUGGCCUCUUUGUAUAGUGAAAUAUAAUAUAUGAAAGCCA